AUGAACUCAGAUAUAUCGUACUGGAUAUAUCGGCCAGUAAAAGGGGUCUCUAUUGCCUUUGCUGUGCUCUUCUUCGUCUCUGGAGUUCUUCACGUCUGGCAAAACAAUCUCAAGUACAGAGGUUCGUGGCGAAUUGGCUUUCUAUUCCCAUGGGCGGCAGCACUGUUCGUCGCGGGCCUCGCCACCCGAGAAUAUGGCGCCUAUCAUACCGAUGAUCUCGGCAUAUUCAUUGCCAGUACCGUUUUGUUGUUCAUCGCUCCACCAGUCUACAACGGUGCGGACUACUUCAUAUUCGGCAGGCUAUUGUACUAUAUACCUUAUCUCUCUCCUCUUCACCCAGGCCGUGUCUGGACCACAUUUGUUGCAUUGGACCUUGUCGACGGGAUAAUUGCAGGUAACGGAGCGUCCUAUGCGGCAAAUUCCGACAACAGUGACUCAAAGGUAAAAAUGGGCAUCAUUCUGGUCAAAGUGUCAUUGUUCCUCUUGCUGGGCAUGUUUCUCGCCUUUCUAUAUCUGAUUAUCGUCUUCCACAGACGAUGUAUCGCGGCAAACGUCUUCACCCGCAAGGUCAAAGUUGUCGUGUACUCGCUCUACGCUUCAGGCUUCCUGAUCCUCAUCCGCAACACCUUUCGCACCGCGUCGUUCUUCUAUCCGCCAAAUUCAACUGCAAAUGGGAAGGAGUGGAUUUUUUGGGUGCUGGAGGUUGUUCCAAUGCUCAUCAAUACCUAUCUCAUGAAUCUCUUCCCACCUUUGAAGUACCUCCCGCACAAUCACAAGGUAUACCUCGCUAUGGAUGGAAAGACAGAAAUCGAGGGCCCGGGAAUGGUUGACAAUAGGCCAUUUAUCCUGACAGUGAUUGAUCCAUUCGAUCUUGUCGGGUUAGUGACGGGACAGGACAACAAGAACAGAUUUUGGGAGCAUGAUGGUAUUGGGGGACCAGGAGAAACGGCACAAGGUGCAACUGGAGAGCAUAGCGAGCUAGGGCAAGCCAAAAAGGGCCGCCAUGACAAAGCUCGAGUCCAGGAUAGUGAGUUUGUAUGA